GGCUAGAAAGCAAUGACAGCCAACAAUAAUAUGCCACACCUGAAUGAUAAAAGGCAGGCAUGGGACCGAAUAUUACAGGAUCCACUUUUGUCUACAGACUAUUUGCGUGACAAGGGCAUGGCUGGUGCUAUUGGAAAUGACGAUCUCAGAAGUCUCUAUUGGAAAAUUUAUCUGGAUAUUGUUCCUGGUAUAUCUACAGAGGCUUGGCGACUUGUUUUAGAAAAAGAACGCAGAGGAUAUGUGGAUCUCAAGGAAAAAUAUAUUUUUGAUCCAACAAAGCUUAAAGAGGCUGCAGAUUGGUCACUAAAUAAUCCACUGAGCUUGGCCGAAGAUAGCCCAUGGAAGCAGUAUUUCACAGACGUAGAGCUGCGUAAACUUAUUCUUCAAGACGUGGAACGCACGCUUCCUGAUCAAGAGCUGUUUCGAAACACUGCCAUUCAAACUGUGCUAUGCAAUAUAUUGUUUAUCUGGUGUAAAUUGAAUCCAGACGUCUCGUACCGACAAGGAAUGCACGAGUUGCUGGCCAUUGUCUUUAUUAUUGUUGAUCGUGACAAAGUUACUAAUCCAACUUCAAGUAGCGAAGAAGACGCAUUUCAUACCAUGUUCAGUGCUAAUCAUGUAGAACAUGACACUGCUACAAUUUUUUUCCGACUUAUGAGGGGAGUUCGAUCAUGGUAUGAAGUACAGGAAGAUCAACCACAGUUUGUGCGUCCAAAUGAUAAAAAAGGUGCUCAACAAGCCAAGACAGUUCCAAUCAUCACUGCCUGUCGUCGCAUUCAAAAUGAGCUCUUGACCUCAUUGGAUCCAGAUCUGGCACGACAUAUGGAAAAGCAUGGAAUAGAGCCUCAGCUCUACGGAUUGAGGUGGCUUCGACUGUUGUUUGCUCGCGAAUUCACACUUUCUAAUACAUUCAUUUUAUGGGAUGGAUUGCUUGCCGAUGAUGCUGCAGUGACUCUGGCUGAAUGGGUGGCAGUUGCUAUGCUGAUAUAUAUUCGUGAUCAAUUACUUUUAUCUGAUUAUUCUGGUACAAUGCAUACAUUGAUGCGAUAUCCAUCCACCGCUGACAUUUCAUCCAGUGAAUUUAUAUCCAGUGCCAAAGGAUUACGGGAUCGAUUUCAUUCAAAAUCAUUGAGAACCUCAUUAAACCAGCUUGGCGAUGACACUGCUCCAUCUACCACCCAGCCGAGUCGUUUACGUCGUACACAUAGUCCAUGGACUCAUUUUGACUCUGCUACACGAUUAAAUAGUCAAUCAGCAGCUGUGGCAUCGACGGGAACAUCCAAUGGAGAUGUUCGCGCAAAUUUAAUAUCUUCGACAUCAAAAGUAUCACCAUUAUAUAGUAAAGCGUAUACUCGGUUGCUUCAAGAAAGAGAUUCUCAGUUGAUACAGGAUUUGUCCAGUGUGCUUGAGCGUUUACAAUAUUGGAAAAAAAAUAUGGCGCUCACACCUUCUCAGGACAUUGAUGGUUUAGUCAAGAUGAUUGGACAGCUCGAGUCGGUUCGAAAAUCUCUCGAGCAACCAAUCCAGAUUGAAAACCAUCCUUUGUUUACUGAUAUGCCUAAACAUGGCAACAAUACAUAUGAUGAUGAUGCCAUUGAAGUCCGAAGUCGAGCGAAUUCAAGUGGCAGUUUGAAGACUGAUCGAGCACCAGAUUUUGCUAGCAUUGCUAAUGUGCCAGCCAAUCAGUUUGGAGAGGAGAAAUUGUCUGCAAUACCUAAAUCAAGUCACGUCGUUGCUGACAAUAUACAUUCUAGCACGCUUCAUCAACGACGCAUUUCUAACCAAUCUGUUUCUCCAACUUCAUCAAAGUUGCCUAUGAAUUCUACAACUUUUUUCCAAUCACAAUCAGUUGAUUUGGGGUUCGUUAAUCAUGGCUGUGAAUUGUCCCAAAAGCCUCCUUUGUUUGAAUCAUUUCGUCAGGGAGCAUUUAUUCCCAUGUCGGCUCACAUAACGGACAAUUCAUCAUCACGACUUACUCAAGGGGCCGACAUGGUAUUUGGUCAAGUCAAGGCAGGGCUUGCAGGUGUAAACAAGGCAUUUUCUGGUCUUUUUGAGGACUCGUUGUCUGCAUCCUCGUCUCAAUCUGCGCGUGCUAUUGCUCAACAUCCAGACAUUUCCUCAGCCAGUCACACCGAAAACUAUCGGGAUGUGAAUUAUUCAUCUCGAUCUUCAUCUCCGUUUUCUGGCAAGCCGAUAUUUAGAGGGUCUGUGGGUAGUCCAUUUCUUAGUGCAGCUACUGCGACAACUAUCCCUCAUAAUAAUUCUACUGUUUCUAGCUCAACUGUAACUCUCAAGUCACCUAUGAGAGCGCAACCUGCUGGUGAUAGAUCUAAUAUGUAUCCACCUAUGAAAUCUGUAUUUCAGUCAAAAGACAGUUCAGAUCCUCUAGGUGUUGGAGUAGUAUCUUCUAAACCAUCAGGUAAUAUUAAAUAA